AUGGUGGUGAUGGGCAAUGAAGCAGGCGAUCUCUGUUCCCUCACUAGUGCUCUCGGAUAUUCCUGGUUGCGCUCAAACACAAGCGGAAAGGCGAUCGCAUUCAUAACUACACCUAGGGAGGAUUUCAUGCUCAGAGCAGAGAAUCUGUAUGCCCUUGGUCUCGCCGGAAUUAACCAGCCUUUUGAGGAACUUUAUUGCUCGAGUGAUCCUAUGCCAUCGCAAGUGUCCCAGUUUGCACUUGUAGAUCACAACGUCCUCCACACCAGUUACGCAUCUCCAACAGCCAGGGUUGUCGCAGUAAUAGACCACCACGAGGAUGAAGGUCAAUACAAGGAUACGGCUGAUCCCAGGGUAGUCGAGCCGGCUGGAAAUUAUAUCAAUCAUCAAUUUUUUUCCAUACCCCCUGAACUGUCGACGCUCUUGCUGAGUCCUGUUUUGAUCGAUACCCGAGGUCUCAAAGAGGGAGGAAAAGCUAUUGAUGGAAGAAUCCAGUCUCUGUCCACCACGUCGGGAGAGAAAAAGCUCUCUGUAUCCCAUCUCAGCACGCGGGACUUGCUACGAAGAGAUUACAAAGAGUAUACAUUCACAACGCCUGCAUCCGAUAACGCGGUGCAAUCUUCAAAUGUGAUAGCAGUGGGUCUCGCCACCCUCGCAGAAAGAGACCUUAGCAUUCUCGGCAUGCUUACUACUUUCCGGAACAAGAAAGGCAAAGGAGGGGGGGAGCAACUUUGGAUAAUCAAGACAGGAGAUGAAGGCAUCGCAGAGAAACUUUGGGAGGGCCUCGAAGCAAGCGAAGAGCUUGAGCUGAAGCGGCUUGAUUUCUCAAACGCAGUUCGGGGCGUCAUAUAUUGCGAGGCGUACAAGCAGGGUAACACGGACUCGACGAGGAAGCAAACUGCCCCCAUUCUCCGGAGACUUAUGUAA